GGACUGACUAAUCUCCGGACGGAGGGAGCGCUCUAAAUAUUUCUUGUAAAGAAAUCAGGGACACUUAAAAUUGUGAUAUAAGUUAUCUAAUGACAUAAUAAGUUGUGUUUGAUAUUUUAAAGGAUCUUUUCCUGGAUUAUUUUAGGUAAAUUUUUAUGCAACGAUCUUCUAGCUUUCAUGUUCAAAGUGUAAGUAUUCUAUCCGAAUCAUAAUAUAUUUUUUUGUUGCGCAGAACCGUUAUUAGUCAUACCAUUUUUUUUAUACAACUCUAAGCCUAGUUAUUCUAGUAGUUUUUCUACAUUUUAAUAAUUUUAUGAUUUAUAGGGUUUUUUAUAAAAAUUAUAGUAAAGAGAAAUGGAAAUUUUGAAGCAUUUCUCCAGAUUGGCUCUGGCAAUAUCAGCAACUUCUUUACUAUAUCUGAUUUGGAGAAGAAAAUAUCAGAAACAACUAAAGAAUAGCACGUGUUUUAUUAUAUCCUCUCAAUCUUUAUUUUAAUGUGAAAUUUUAUAUAUAUAUAAAACAGAUAAGAACGUUCCUGCACCAAAUUCUUCUCAAAAGAAUGUUACGUCUACAAUACAAAAGCUGGAAAAGAUUGAAAAUGCUAACGUCACGAAAGAACAAUUAACUAGCUUGAUAUAUUUGCUGAAUAACAAUAAUAAUUUGAAAGAAUCGGAUCAAGUUAAAAUUCUUAGUACAUUAACGAAUGCGGCUGCAUUUGCUACAAAUAUGGGUAUUUACUAAACUGUUGAAAUAUAUAUAUAUAUAUAUAUAUAUAUGUAUAUACAGUAUAUACUUAUAUUCUGUUUCUUAAUUCAUGCUAGACACGUUACGAUUAUGUCUAGAUACAGUAAUAGACAUGGCAAACAAUCUGUCACAAUUUGAGAAAGACGAUACUAAAGCGAUUGUUCUACGUUUAAUAAAUAAUUUAAGUAUGAAUAUUCAAAAUCAAAAAAUAUUACAGAUACUUAUACAACCAUUAAUUGAGAUAUAUUUGGAUAAAAAACAUUCAAAAGUUAUAAAACUUGCUACUAUACAAUGUCUGACAAAUUUAUCGACAUUAAAUGAAUAUCAUUAUUAUUUUGUUGAAGAUACUUCACAGUUAUUGGACAGAUUUGACGAAGAACAAGACUCAAGCCUCAAAAAAGGCAACCUAAGCGUUUUAGUUAAUUUAUCAUCAAAUAAUAAAUAUUGCCACAAUUUCAUUCAUCUACCGCUUCCUGAUUGUCAUAAUUUUAUAACAUCGGAAGACUAUCCUGAUUCAACAGUGCAGAAAAAGUACUUUUCGUUUGUAAAUAAUAUUCUACGUAACGUUGAAAGAAAUUUAAUGGAGCAUUGCGAAGAAGGAACUAUUGGUUAUUGUCUAUUAAAUAACUAA